GGCUUGUCUUUCCCCCUUCCCCAACUCAGUGGCUCUCUGAUUCUUUUUUUUCUCUCUCUCUCUUCUCCCCCAAUCUCUCCCUCUCGUCUGCUCUCUCUGUCCUUCUGUGGACGCCGAAGUGCACGCGCUUCUCGCCGGGACUAUUUUUCGGCAUGAGAUUCGCCGUUUUCCGGCCUACUUUGCCGGAGGUCCCUGACGGCCAUAGCCGGAUUCGCGUUCCUCUCACAGCUUCCCUCGUUCCUUCCGCCUUUACUUGUCGAAAAAUUUUCCCCCUUUCGUUGUCCUCUCUCCUCUUUUUCCUUCCUCUUUAGCGGGCGAUUGCUUUGCUGACGUGGGAAGAGCGCCCCUAUGAUGUCUAGCGACUGCCACGUGGAAUUAAGGGCGUCAAAGAAGAGGAGAUUUAAGGACGAGAUUGACGCCCCGGCGUCGAAGGGCACAGAGCCGAGCCAGCCGACGCUCAAGUCGAAGUCGAAGCCGCAGACGACCGCGACCAACCACCUCCUGGCGUGCUACCUGGCCCACGAGUUCCUCUCACGUGGGACCCUCCUCGGUCGCGCCUUCGACCGUCACGACGCGCCGACUCGGACGGCUUCCUCCGAGCCGAAGAAUUUAGCUGAAGCCGAACGGCAACCGGGUGGAGCCUCGACGGGAGCCUGUCAGACGUACGCCGACGUGUCCGUCCUCCUCAAGGACGACGGCGUCCAUCUUCCGGGCAUCGUCAACCCCAGUCAGCUCGCCAGAUGGAUCGGUAUGUGAGCCGGCGGAUGCGGACGUUGCAGAUGUUGUCACUCGGAGUUCCAGGCACCUUCAAGGGUUGCCCAUGCCCAUGGUGGGAUGAAGGUGAUCAAUGGUCGUGGCGACGAACUCAUGCUGAUGAUAUAUUGAUAAUGACGAUGUCCGGUUGCUGUUCUUGCUUUUUUGUUCAUGUUGUUGUUGUUGUUGAUUAGUGUGGUGAUAAUUCCAGGAUGAUGAUCGUCAUGAUCAUCGUCAUCCUUAUGGGGCUGUGAAAUACUGACAGAUUGUUGUGGUGACUAAUUUUUCUGAGAAGCCGCGUUCUUGGCUCCCAUUCUUUGAUCGGCUACUCCAGUUGAGUCUACGAAACUCACCGCGAAGAGAACGAGCCCGAGAUGGCCGAGUGGCGGGGUGGGUGUGAGCCCAUGGUCUUUGUGGUUGCGUUCUCAUGAAUCCACCCUUACUCUUACGUCUGCUCGUUUGAUCUUUUUCAGAACGUUCCUGUUGUUCUUGAUAAAUAAAUGCGUGCCCUCAAAUCGUUUCUUUUCUUA